CUGUAACAGUCCACGUUAGCGGAGAAAAUCAAUAAGUAGGAAAACUAGUACCCUGUACUUUUAAUUUUCUUUUUUGUUAUUUUAGUUAUUUUUUAGUUUUCCCACUGAAGGGCGAGAAUUGGGGACCUUCGCUGUGCACUGGCGUUUGUGAGCUGAGCCUGAGAGGCUAAACACGGGGAAAAUAUAUAGUAGCACUGCUUUAAUUCAACAGGGUAGGCUUGGUAGCUAGGCUAACGAUACCUAUCCGGUAUCUACGCUGUUGCUAACACGCGCUAACCCAACGUCCUAGAAACAGCUUUCCGGCUUGGUAUGACUAAGACCACUAACCAGCAUGAUGGCUUGCUUCAUAUGAUGCUGCUGCCAAUUUGACUGUCAGCGUUAGCGUGUCUAGUCUCUGAGUGUGUUGGGGACGUGGAAAAAGAAAGACGCUUACCUCCACCCACUGUCACCACCAGCGGCUGCCUCGGAUAGUCUUGAAUACUCCUGCUGCUAGCUGAAGUUCCACAUCCGUAUGUAGAUGAGGUAGUUUCACAGUUUAGGUAGCUGAAAUACGCCAAGGCGGUGGAUACAUGUCUACCUCUCAACCACGACACCAUUUACGAAAGGGAAAUCUUGCAGUUCAUGUUUCGCCAAGAAGUCAGUGUGACGUCUUUAAUUCCAUCUUGUUCGUAUCUUUUCCAACACGAGAAGAGGAAUAUGUCCAGAUAUAACAUAUACAGCUUGUUGGAUUGGAUCUACGGCGGGGUGGACCCGAAGUUUGAGGGCAACGGGGGCCCCGAGUGUGCCGCCUUCAUUGCGCCCCAGCAGCGCAUCAGUGAAAGUCUGGUCAUCGUGCUCAUCUCCCUCGUGGAGAUUGGCGUGGCGCUGAAGAAAAUAAACAUCUCCAAAGAGCUUAAAGUGAUUGGAAAAGACUGCACAAGGGCAAAGGGGGAUAGUUUAGGAAAGAACCUGUUGCUGGUUGCCCUUUGUAUGACUUUUGGAGUGGAGGUUGGAUUCAAAUUCGCGACCAAGACCGUGAUAUAUCUGCUGAAUCCCUGCCAUGUCAUAACCAUGGUUCAGAUCUUCCUGCUGGCCUGCCCGCCAUGUAAAACAGCAAUGGUUGUAUUUAGGCUGCAAGUCCACAUGUUGAAUGGUGCAUUGCUGGCUUUAAUGUUCCCUGUAGUCAACACUAGACUGCUGCCAUUUGAGAAGGAGAUCUACUACAUCCAGCACUCCAUGCUGUACCUGGUGCCUCUUUACCUUUUCAGGAAAGGCGGCGUGUACAAGCCUGAACCUCUGGGAGACAUGUGGUGGGCACUGCUCUCCAACGGCAUUCUGUUUCUCUAUCACUUCCUCUUCUUGCAAUUCCUUGGCCUGGUGACUGAGGUCAACCUGAACAACAUGCUUUGCCCAGCCGUGUCUGAUCCCUUUUACGGGCCUUGGUACCGGGUGUGGGCAACGGGCCACCAGACCCUGCUGACCCUCCUUCACGGAAAGGUCCUGACACUCCUCUCACAACACACGGGCUCCGUCUGCAGAUACUUGCUGGACACACUCCGACUGCGCAGCAAGAAAGUUGACUGAAUGCAAAUGAAAAUGCACACAGACUUUUUCUUUAUUUUAAAAUGUUAUUUUAAUGCAUCUUUUAAGACAUACCAUAUGUUUUACUGGAUCAAGUGAGCAUUUCAGGGCCAGUGAAUUAAUGUGUCAUUCUUUCAGUGUUGUAGUUGGCUUGCAUACGUACUUGCAUGCACAGACAUAUAAUAGGCAUUUUAUGGCUGGUAGUUAGCAUCGUUUAGCUGGACAGAUUUAGCCUUUUGGGGUUUUUUUUUAUACAAUCUCCAGAAAUAUGUAAGUGAAGUUGUGGGAGAUUCCUCAAGCUGCCUUUUUGUAAAUUUUUAAGGACAGAAAAUAGGAGUCACCCAAAUGUCACUACUGAUCUGCAGUUGUUAUACUUUGAAUUCUUUAUGUCGUAGUUAUGUUAGAUCUGCUUGUGGGUAAAGCAGCCAUUUUAUUUGUCUCAAGUGCAUUUUGGAAAUGACUGUGCUGUUGUAAAAGUUAUUGCUCGUUUGUAGUCGGAGGACUUUUGUUUGACAUGCUAGUGUUGUCUUGACUGCAAAUAGAAACUUAUUUAUGGUGUCCCUGUGUUCCCACUUGACUACACACAUCUGCAAGUUAUGAAAACAUUAUUGUAAGUCUCCUCUUUUACAUUUCCCUCUUCAGCCCGUUCAGAUCAUUCCAGUUGUGAUAAUCAGGGGACACGAGGAUUUAUUACAUGCUGAGAUUCAAAGUGUUCAGUGAGGAUUCAUGGAUAUACACUGGGAUGUUAUUAUUACCUCUGCCAAGGAGGCCACGUUUCUGUUGUUUUAUUAUGAUAUUGGACCAUAUUUGGUGAGGUAUGAACUUUAGUGCGGCGCUGGGAUGAAUGUGAUGUUUGCCACGAUAGAGUAGAUGUUGACAAAAUAUAUAUCUGGGCUGGAAUCGUGUAUUCUGACACUUAUUGCUUGACCCUCAAGUUAAUUCUUUCAAGGCAUCCUGAGGUCACUCCACUACUAUAACAAGUCACAGGCUGGUUUUGUAUAAAAAAUAAAUCUUAAUGAAGUAGGUCGUUCACGGACUACCCAAUUGAAAGAAAAUAUUAAUAAGCAUUGAUAAUUGGAAAAUGUCACUCAUAGUCUAUGUCAUUUCAAGUGUAAGGUAUGUGUGUGUAUUACUGUAGCAGAUACUGUGUUUUACUGUAAAGAAGGGAUCCGACAAACUUUUGUAUUUCUCUCGAUUUGGGUGUAUGUACUGUAUUGACAAUAAAAGUGAUUUCAGGUGCCCAGUGUA